AUGGCUUGCUCUCAGGACCCCAGUUAUGCCAUGUCGGCAGAACUUGCUACCAUGAACUCUGAACUCAUAGAGCUGAUGCGUCGCUCUUCCGGGGAUGACAGAACAUUACUGGCAUAUGGAGCGCUGUGGACGGCCUGGCUGUUUAACCAAACCCUCACUCAUGAACUUGGCAUGAAAGGUGCCAAAGACUCGUUCUUCCCUGCAUACACAUCAGAUAUGAGCUCCCACUUCGCUGAGCAAGAGACUACCUCUUGGAACGAUGACAGAGACUCCUUCCAAAUACUGAUAUCAUCUGACGAUGACGACUCAGUAGAGUUACAUCCAGAGGUGUGUGAAGCAUUGGCCUGCCCUAGUGAUUAUGGAGAAGAUUGGAUCAGCGAUUCAUUUCUUUACCAUGCUUCGUUCGGUGACUCCAAUGAAGUAGAUGGCAACCAUGACGCGAACAUAUCCCCCUACACCUUCGACGACCACAAGCAAGCCACUACAGGGUCCUUGGAUUAUACGGCGAGCUCAGUACCAGUUACCAAAUAUAUACAGGCAAAGGUGCUCUAUGGUGGAAUUCGUGGGUUGUGUCGACAUCUGAAGCAAAAAUGUUUUGAAAUGGUAUAA